AUGCGAGCGGGGCGGACGUUCAAGGCCGCGACGUCGCGGAGCUCGGCCUCUCACGGCGCUUUCUUCGUGGCGGCGCCAGCCCCGGGGGCCCGCCUGGAGGUUUGCGCGGAGGGCCCCAGUGCGCACGAAGGCUACUUGGACGCGAAGAAGCCGGCGAAGCGCGAGCCGCGCGACCGCGCCCGCCAGCUGACGGGCCGCUCGACGCUCGAGGAGCACAGCGCGGGCUGCCACGGCCGGUUCGCUGGGCGCCAGCAAGGCGAGCGCCAGAUGAGGUGGAAGUGGCCCCCUGGCGACAAGGAGUGGAUCGAGCGAUCAGACGACCAGUCCAAGUCAUCGCAGGCCUUCUCCCCGCAACCUCCCUCCCCCGCCGCCGCCGGCGGCCGUUGUGGCCAGGGCCGCGGCGACGCUGGCCGAGCAGAGCUGGCCUCGUCGAGAUUGCUCGCGUCGGCGCCGGCCAUCACCGCGGCGCCGCGACUCCGAGGGGCUCUGACGCAUAGGCUCGGCGACCUGACUCGCGCAGACCCGGCGCUCGAGGUCGAAGCGAACGCGCGCCAGGUCGCGGGCGAGGGCGCCCGCGGGAUCAGCGCCGCGGCGCCGCGCAACGCCCGCGUCGUCGAGGGCUCCGCAGGCGUCGGCAACGUCGCCGGACCGGGCAACUGCGAGCUGAUGCGGAGGGCGCGGGCGCGGGCCAGCAACGCCCCGACCUGGCUGGAGGCCGUCGCCAGGCGGCGCGAUCGGAGCCGCCGGCACGCGGGGGCCCAAGCAGCGAUCGGCGACGCUGCGGCCAGCGCCCGGCGGCAGCAGCGACGGGGCCGCGUCGACCUGGGCGCCGACCAGCGGCGCAACUCUAUCAUUGGGUCUACGACCGCCAAGGCAGAGCGGGCUCGGGGCACCCGGGCCCUCGUGGGCGCGCAGUGCCCGGAGAGUCGCUUCUGCGGUCGGAUCGCGAGCGCCAUCUUCCUUUACGGGGGCGCGCCUGAGUCGGCCAGCGCCGACGGCGGGCCGCCAGCCGAGGUGCUGCGGCUAGGCCCUGCUGCUGCCCGCGUCCACCCUGAGGGCGCCGCGGGGCCUCCGGGCGCAGAGACGGGGGCGCGGCGCCCGGCGCCGCCCCUUCAGGCCGCGGACCCUAGCAUCUAUGCCGCCGCGGGCUGCCGGAUCAAGUCCCCAAAUCUCGGCGACGAGGAGUGCCUGCCUUCGCGGAGUCAAGGACCGCGCCGCUUCUGCCCCUGGCAGGGUGCCCAGCCUUCAGUCAACCUGGCGAUCGAUUACCUGAUAUGCGACGCGCGCGAAAGGGCGCGCCUGCCGACUCGGCCUGAGCCGAUCUCGGAUACGAUCAGGUACCUCGGCCAGUUUGGGGAGCACCUCCAGGCCGACUUCUUCGCAGUCAUGGGCGCCGCGAAAACCGCCUGCCACAUGCUCGGGGCGAUCACGGCCUGGCUGUCGCCACCAUCGCUGCGAACUCGCAGCGCGUACGUGGUGAACGGCGGCUUCGACCGCUCGAAAGCCAGCAUUCCCGCGGCCACUUCAACUACGAGCAGCAGACGGCAUGGAGUUGGACGCAACGCGGUGCGGGUUGGCCAGGCCAUCAUGCUCCUCAGCCGUGAGCAGCUUCGCCCUGCCGUCGGGUUCGAGCAGUGGGUCUCCGACCCCAACGACGUCGAGGUCCACGAGGGCAGCUUUGACCGCCUGCAGGACGGUCUCUGCGAGGACGAGCGGGACGCUGGGCCCCAGCCCGAGGACCUGCUCCAGGGGCCAGAGAUCGUCGUGGCCGAGGAACCCCCAGUCGAGGUAGCGGGCGAGCCGUUGCCCGGCCACGUCGGACUGUCCGAGGCGAACCAGCUGCUCUGCCAGAUGGGCACCGACGAAAAGCAGAACCCCGACGCCGAGGGCCACGUGGUUCCAGACUUAGACCAGGAUCCCAACCUGAGUUCCCCGCUGACUCGCAGCGGCUGGGGCGGCACUGGCGACGCCCCCGCGGCGUUUCAGGAUUUCGGCGCCGCGGACUCGCGCCCCGAGGCGACGCAGGCGAUCGCCGACGAGGAGCGCAACGUCAACGAAUUACGCGAGGACGACCACUGCAGCAAACGCGGCGAGCGCAAUCGCGUGCCCGGGUCCGAUGACGAGGAACACGCAGCACAGGAGAACCGCAUAACCCGCGCGGAGAAGAAAGCCCACGAUAAGAUCCCGCGGAGAGAGACAGAGAUCACGUCCAUGAGCGGCGCCGCGCUGCAGUGCUUUUUGGAGGCCGCCCGCAAGCCGCAUGACGCCCGGGCCACAUGGGCGCCGAUGGUCUUGGAGGCUGCCCGCCAGGCGGUCGCGGGGGGCAUGCCAAUUGCGCCAGAUAUCCCAAGCAGCACAUUCGUGGCAGGCGAGCCCGCGGAGCACCAGCCCGCGGGCGCCGGUGGCCUCGUGACUGGCGCGGGGCUCGUUGCGGCGGCGCUGCUGAUCAGGGGCAUUUGCCGGUCCCACAGAACAAGAACGCACGCCAUCGGCGGACUGAAGAUCAAGCGUCCGGCCGGCCCUGGCAUGAAGCGCGACAUUGGCUUGUGGGAGUUCCCCGGGUACCAGGAGCACCUCAACCUGAAGAGGUACGCCCGCAAGAGCCCAGUCUAUGGACACAGGCGUCUGAAAUUCAGGAAUCACAUGAGGAUGUCCCGCAUCACCAGCUACACGGAGCAGUGGGUGUAUUGGUACCCAGACCAGCAUAAGUUCAACAUGUAUUACGGCCCAGCGUCGCAUCCAGAGAACCCAGAUUUCCCUGCGCCCUCAGGUGGAUGGCCCGCCCCCGGUGGACCCUACGACAUACCCAUGUACACAGCUAAGAAGGCGAUGUCCGGCUGGGCCCCCGCGCAGUUGUCGGCGUCCGUGGGGCGACAGGGCAAGAGGUGCGGGUUCGUCGGGGCCAGCUUGCGGACCGUGGGUUCCACGAAACGCACUGUGUAUGGCGCGCGUUCAGCCAUCGCCAUGCGCGCUCACAAGAUGGCCGCAUCGAGCACGAAGAACCAGGGCGGCGGCACCAACAUCCCCAAAUGGGUUGGCGUCCAGCAUUCAGGCUUUCAGGGGAACGCCGUCAAGGCGGGCACGCUGCUCGUCAGGCAGACCGGAGUCAAAUGGGCAACGGCCGGCGGUGGCGUGAAGAUGACCAGGAAUUACAACAUCGUUGCGACUAAGGACGGCAUCGUGCAGUGGCGCGGCAGCCCCGGCACCAAAGCGGAGGGCGGCAAGGGCGAGGUCUCUGUCGUGCCAUGGGAGUACGUUCGCGCGAAGUGCGAUUGGGCUGUCGACUCAAGCAACGACUGCACUCUGGUAUACAAGGAGUACAAGCCGUGGAUGGGGACCCACAUGCACGAGAAGACGGCGACGUUCAACGGCGCCAAGAACGGCUUGCGUCGGAAGGUCAUGGCCGAGAAGCGGAAGAUCUGGGAAGAGAGCCCCGAGGGGCAGGAGCAUUUAAAGAAGAAGCAGGAGAAGCGGGAGAAGCAAAAGGCGAUCAACGCAAAGUGGAGAGCUUACAGGACGGCGAAGAGACAGGAACAGGCAAAGGAAACGGUCGACAAAUGA